AUGUUGCUAAAGGACCAUAUAAGACGCCUGCAAAAUUCUGUGGACGCCCCCGCGGUGGAGCCCCUAUGUCUUGACCUGCCAGUUACCGCAAAAAAGGAUAGACCAAUUGCAAGCGUGGAGCGGGCGGUUAACAAGAUCAAAGCUGGUUAUUUAUUUGAGAUGGCGAUUCCCAUCACGCUCCGCAAGAGCACGGACUGCACGUUUUACCUGCAAGGCAACUGCAAAAAGGGCGAUACUGAGUGCGAGUUUCGACACAACCCCCUGGCCCUCAAUCCAGCUGUGAAAGACUGCGCUUUCUGGUUCAAUGGCCGCUGCGCCAAGGGCCCUGCUUGUCCUUUCCGACACCUCGCUCAGAACUACGGAGCCUAUGGGAUGCCACGGGCCCCAACAGUGGACCCUUCCACCGUUCCGUGCGUAUUCUAUGCACAGGGCAAGUGCAUGAAAGGGGACGCUUGUCCCUAUUCACACUCCAUGACACUAGCAGCAUCAGCUGUUAAUUCGGUUGACAUCGCCGGAGGUGCUGUCGCAGAGGAGGGUGAACUUUUGCAAGGCGGACAAGUGCCAGCGGAAGCGGGGGCUGCUGACGCUGGCCGGAGAAAACUUUCUUGGCGAGCACAGGCACAGGCCGCGGCGGAACCGUCUCCUGGUCAGGAGAACAUGGUUCUGCAGUUUGAUGAGGAGGACGAGGAAGCAGACGCCGCCGCUCCGGGCUCCGACCGCCGGAAAAGCACGCCUAGCAAAGCUCGCAGGGGGCCUAUUUGGGAUGUGCGGACGUCCGUCGGGAGGGCAGGAGAAACCAUUAGAAGCGUUGCUAGGCCAGAGCCCGCGGUCCGUCAGAUAGUCCGGGAAAAUUGGGAGACAGGCCGGGAGAACCGAGGUGAAAACCGAGGGGAGAACCGAGGGGAAUCUCGAGUAACGCACAUGGAGGAUAGAUUAGGAAGGAGGAGAGUUGGAGGAGGCAGAGAGGAGAUGGGGGAUCGAGGGGCGCCGAGGAGGGUCGUCGCGACCACAAGUCCGAGCGUGAAGGACCGAUUGGGCGGAGGCGCAAAUCAGGGCAGCCAUCUGCGAGUCCAAGCACGGGUCGACGCUCAGGACAGUCAGCGGGAACGGCUGGUCGUGGAUCUUCAACGGGCCUCGCUGGCCAAGGGGGCGGAUCGCUGGGGCCGGAACCGGAACCAAGGCGAGCAGCCAGUCGUCCACCGGCCAGAAGUAGCGAGACCGGCGAGGGCCGUCGAAGUUUCGGCCGAGGACGAGAACGGAGGCCCGCGCAAGUUUGGAGCCGAGGCGCGGCGGAGGUGGCUUGAGCAGCAAAAGGAGAAGGGAGUGCCCGGCGAGACGAAAGGUUCCGGGGGGUAUGGUGCGCCAGAGCGAUCAGGGGAGGGGGCGCGGAUGCGGGAGCUGGUUGAGUUGGAUGGGUCUAACAGACGGAUACGAGCGACCAGUGGGUCCGUGAGAGGUCCGGACGCGAACGAGAAAGUUGCGGAGAAGAAGGACGGUCCGAGGAUCCUCACCCUAGCUGAGAUCCGCGCGGCCAAGAAACGUGCACGGGAGAUUGAAGAGGCCGGGAGAGCAGAGCCGGACAGUGCGGCUAGGGAAGGGAAGCGGCCAGCCCCGGUAAAGCUGAACCGGGCGGGCUUGGCUGCCUCGCCGAGGGAAGCGGGGAACUCGGGGGAAGCGAAUGCGGAAGAGGUGCAAGAGAGCACGCGGGACGAGGCGGCGGAGGGCGGCGGGGACGAUAUUGGCGCCGAGGAUGCCAACGGCGGGGAAGACGAAGAGGCGAAUAUGGAUGCCGAUGCUGAGGAAGGCGAUUAUGCGGAUGCUGGUGAGGAAGAGGAUGGCAGCGAGUACGAGGAGGAAGAAGGGGAUGAAGGAGACGACGGCGAAGAUGAUAUUGCUAGCCUUAUGAAAAAGUACGGGGAUGCAGCAGAGGAUUAGAUCUUCUAUCGUACAAUCCGGUGCGAACUGUCGGUACUGAGGUCCUCUGAAGAUUCUUUUAAGACUAGGGAUGAAUAACCCCAUGCUUCCACUUAUGUCCUGGAAGCAUGUCAGCAGUCGAUGAGCUACUAAUCUUAAGCAUAUGCCCUGGCGAGGUGACUCCUUUUAGAUCUUUGUCGUCCAGCUAGAUUGUGGCCGUGAAUAAGAUGAUGGAACCACAGCCGUCAGUGAUGUGGCUGCUUCGGGUGAUCUUAUAUCAUGCACACGAC